CAAACAAGCACAAGAACCAGAAACCCGAGCGACAUGAGCCACAUCAAGUCCAAGCCGAGACCCGUCGUCGGAUGCGAGCCGUGUUGAUAGGACCCUGACAAUGAUGCGGGCUUGAAAGCCCGGUUUAUGUGUCGGGAAGGCAUGACCGUGACUUUGGUCAACUUGGACCUGAUGUCGUCCCACUUGAAGGAUUUUCUUUAGUGGACCAUGAUGAAACGUGCUUCGGCCCGUGGGGUCCGACGGGGAAAGGCUGAACAACUGGUUCGGGUUGGGCUCUACGACUUGGAGAGGGUCUUGGGCAAAGGAAACUUUGCCAUAGUUCGCCUUGGCAUUCACCGGCUUACCCAGUGUCAAGUGGCCAUCAAAAUCGUGGAGAAAAACGACCUGGACCAAGAUAACUUGAACAAGAUCUAUCGAGAGAUCGAGAUCAUGAGGACGCUCCACCAUCCCAAUAUUAUUCAGUUGUACCAGGUCAUGGAGACGGACUCUAUGAUGUAUAUCGUGACCGAGUUUGCAGCCAAUGGCGAGAUUUUUGAUCACCUAGUGUCAAACGGCAAAAUGGAUGAGACUCGAGCCUGCUUUGUGUUCAGUCAAAUUCUGGCCGCCAUCCAUUAUUGCCACACCCACGGUGUCGUUCAUCGAGAUCUCAAAGCAGAGAAUCUUCUUUUGGAUUCCGAGAAUAACAUCAAGUUAGCAGACUUUGGGUUCAGUAACUUCUUCACGAAGACCGGGUUACUCUCGACUUGGUGCGGUAGUCCCCCCUAUGCCGCCCCGGAGUUAUUCGAGGGCAAGCAAUACGUGGGACCCAAAGCCGACAUUUGGUCAUUGGGGGUGGUCUUGUACGUGCUAGUCAGUGGUUCAUUGCCCUUUGACGGGGCCACUCUUCAAGACUUGCGUGCCCGUGUAGUGAAGUGUCAGUAUCGAAUCCCGUUCUUCCUGUCCUCUCAAUGCGAGCAUUUACUUAAAGGUCUUUUAGUGCUAGAUCCGGAACGCCGCUUCAGUCUGCACCAGAUCGCUUCACAUCCUUGGUCCAAAAUGGGGUGCAGCAAGCAUCCGCCAACGGUUGAGAUUUUGUCACCGCUUCUGGCCCCUCUACCAGGUUCUGUGCAGCGAGAUGCUGAGGGCCGUAUUGUAGACGAGGUCCCGCCCAUCAACGAGGCGAUAGUGAACUACAUAGUAGGCCGAGCCAAAGUCAGUAGAGAAGCUGUGAUAUCGUGUGUCAGUCAGAAAAAGUGCGAUGACAUCAGCGCCAUUUAUCACAUGAUCAACGCUAGUCUUAUAGAGACCGAGAGGAAGCAACUCCAACUCACCCCUCUAGGCUCUGCCAAUAUCCCGUCUGUGGUACUUUCGGGUCCCGGACCUCCCCCAUUGUCACCCACGUCCAUGCUUCCCUUUUUCAAUAAUGGAGCCUCUUCAGGGGGAAAUAGCAGCGGCUCAAACUCUCCCAAGGGCCCUACGGAAGUUUUUAAUGAAGAAUCAUCCAUGACAUUGCUUUCCCUCGACACUCAUGAUACUGAACGGCUUUUAAAUAUCAGGCGGCAUACUUUAGGUCCGGAACAAACUCCAAAUUGCUCUGAUGCCCCUCCCAUUCCAUUCCGUUAUCAUGCAGCAGACUUUAGAGACAUUCUUCCACAAACCAACUUGACAUUAACGCCGCUUGUGAGUCGAAUGCCCCCAGAGAACUUCAGCGUGAAAGAUCCACAUCUGCUGAAGCCUCCCCCUGCUCUGGGGAUGGCAUCUCAGCACGGACGAAGAGCUUCUGAUGGGGGAGGGUAUUUCGGCCAGUUCCAAUCAGCUGAGGCACCUGCUUCCAUUGGUGGAUCGCCCCACUCCUCCGGUGAGGAUAGUUUUGCUUCACCAACUCCUUCCAGUCACUCUAAUCCUGGAGAAAGCACCUCUGACGGACCAGGAGCUGAAGUCAUCCUUUGCCCUGAGUCUCAUAAUCCAUACUUUGUGGAACAAUACUUGGGAAAAGGGAAGAGAAUUCCAGCCACCUCAGUCUUACCAGAUUCUCCGCGGAAGCGUCGCACUGGGCUUCACACCGUGCUUGAGAAACCGCCUGAAAUUAAUGCGGAUCUCGUACAAGAAGUUGAAACUCGAAUGCAGAACCAUAGCCCAUUGGGACAUCAAUCCCCGAUAUUGCUUCCCGUAACACCUUCUUCGUUUUCUGGAGCGACUGGGACAGUUUCACUUUCCCCACUUACUUCGCCCAGCAAACCCAUGGGAAUGAACGUGGCAACAUCAGGUCUUCGCCAAAGACGAACAGGUCUUUCAACUGUGAUGGAAAUAGGCAAAUCCGGCUCUUCAUCGACGGGUGUGGGCUCUUCUAGUGGCUUUAAAGAAUCCCAUUCAUCACAUUUAGCCACGGAAAGAUACAGUCCUGUGAGACGACUCAGUGAAGGUUCUCCGGCUUUUCUUCAGCAUCGAGGUCCGCUUACUCAACAAAAUAGCUGCCCGACAAGUUCCGAUCCCUCUCCUUCAGAUGUGAGAGCUUUGCAGGAGGAAUGCCGGAGACUGCAUCUCGAGACAGCUACUUCUACGUCGGCUUGGCCUGGAACCUCGACAGGAGACAACAGCAGCACCAGUUCAGGUCAUAUGUCUCCCAAUUUUCUCCUGAGAGCACCCUCUCCCGGCGAAAAUUCGUUUCCAUCACCUCGAAGAUGUUCCGAUAGUUCAGUUAACUCUGGGGAUACCCAUGUCGUUCAUCGUCUGAGACCGUCUGUCAGUCGAGAUUCGGCCAAAAGUGAGCCCAUGCAACAACUCAUUGAUGACAUGUACAACAAUGAUCCCGGCAUGAUCAUGACUUCAGGCUCAAGGUCUGUGGAGCCCCCCGUUAGCCAUGCAAUAACAUCGCGUCGAUUUUCAUAUCCUAAUUCGCCUGUGCACCAUGUUCAGCAAAUGAAUCAAGCUAAUAAUUCUAGUCCGAAUAAGAAGACUCCCUCUCCUUCUGGCCCCAGCCCAUCGGAAUGUGAAGGCAACGGAAUAACACCACCCUCACUCACUCAGCAUUUUGCCCAAAGCCUCAAUAUGACUGAUCCAUCGAAUCCUGCCACGCCUGACCAGGGUUCUACGUCUUCCGGAAACCGAUGGAAAGGUUCCAUCACUCAAGGUGUUCCUAGUCGAACGUUUGUCGCACCCUCUGGUCGGAAUAGUGUCCAAGGCUUGACGAGGGGUCACUCGUUGAAGAGCCCAUCCAAGCAAUCAACAAAGCCUUUACUCACGGGCAAUGAUUUGAUGGCUGGUAAUAGUCUUUCUAACAUUUUGGCUCAUUCUCAGAGCUACGAUGAGGCCUUUGCUAAUCACUCGAGCAAUCUGCCAAAUUUUGGCAAAUUCCCUCUGACUUCAUGCCAAGAUCACUUCAUAUCCCUACCGCCAACAGACGUGGGACCUAAUCCCGAGAUUUGCGUCACUAAUGUCAUGGGUGAUGAGAUGAAAGUGGUCUUCAAUAAUGGACAGCCAUUGGAUCCCCAACAACAAGCCAACCUGUUUCUACAACAUCAACAAAUGCAACACCAUUAUCAGAGGCAUGUCUUUCCACAAGCUGCGGCGGGAGUUUAUUCGGCCGAGCCCAUGGACGAAACGAGCUGACCCAACUAUUCACUGCUUUUCAACUUACGUAGGGUUUGAAAGAGUCAGAGCCCCACAACUUAUGGCAUAUCUUGUCCUUGCUACGUCAUUGAUAAGCCGUAAAGCUUGAAGAAGAACUUUCAUGUGAUGGGUGGAGAGAGGUAGACGGCAAAUGGAACAGAACUGUAACUCGUGACGAUCUCUCCAUCAGCGAAGCAAUGCACAAAGAAACGAACACUAAUUUAGGCUCAUUUAUGGCCUCAUGAUUGUUAAGGGGGGUGAUUCCUUCUAUUUUUAUGUAUUCCCCGAUAAGGUUUUUUACCUCGUUCUAGCUCUCCUACGGUGAACGUUGGUGAAGUUUGUUUGACCUGUACAGAUUAUUGCUCUUGUGAACCAUUGAUAGACUCGCCAACAAAUUGGUAUUAUGCGAUGUUGAGCUGGGAUUUCGGAGUACGAAUUACGUUUGUCAAAAAUAUUGCAAAUUGUUACCACCAAGAGUAACUCAAAACAGAACAAGAAGAAGACCUUACGAGAUUGAUUUGGACGAAUAAAGUUCCCCACUACUUUCCUCUCUCCUUCUCCUUUGCAUUUCGCAUAAGCGACCAAAGCAACAACAAUAGCAAUUUGGCCCUGAAUAUUACGUGUCUUAAUGAUUAGUUCAUGGUCUCUCCAUUUGUGAAAAAAUGGUCUCAUGGAAAUGAUGUCAGUCAGGCCUGAAUGAUUGCAAUUUCCUCCCUCAGUAAGAACACAAUACAUGAAUACAUAAAAGGUUAACGAUGCUCUUGUUUCUAUGCGAGACAAGUCCAGCGAACAGAUGUACUUGUGCUUGGUUUUUCAUCCAUUGUCCUUCUUUUACAUUCUA